AAGAGAUUACGGUAGGUUAAAAUAUAGAAAAACUUCAUGUGACGAAAAAUAGAUUGGGUGGAAAGACUUGGAUAUAAAAAUAUGUACAGCGACUAUUAUUCUGCAUGCAUGUUUUAAAUUGUCAGACAGCAUAAAAACAAAAAAAUCUCGUAUUUCACACAGCUAGGAAAUAAAGGAAAUCAUCAUGUACACAAGUAUAUGUGCAAAAUGCAAGGCUUUCAAUAAACAGUCUGCAUUUUGAGGGGGUGAGGUAAGUACCGUAUGUCAAAUGUGAACACUUUAUUAUUCAUUUUUCAUUAUAACAAUUGAAGUUGCACAUAGCUAUUGAUGAAAUAUUUCUAAAAUAUUAUACAAACUACUGAAUAUUUGAAUAAAUAACCACAAAUUUAUUUACAGGUUAUGAUAAGAUUUUAUAUUGCAGUAUUUAGAACUAAGAUUUAGCAGCAUAGAAUACAAAAUGCUAAUCUUGAUAAAGAAAAUGUGUAUUCCACUUUUAAUGUUUGUUAUAAGCUUCAAGAUUAACCAUGCAAACGAAUGCAAAAUACCAGAGAACAAUGAAGACAUUGACUGGGAUAAGGUUGAGAAUGAAUGGUAUCUGGUGCUGCACACCAACGAUGAGGUCAUGAAAAAAAAUGUUCUAGGUGCAAAGCUAUGGAAUUUCACAAACACAAAUGAAGAAAUCCAACUGUUAAUCACAGAUUUACAUAAAAAUUCUCCUCCUCAAACAUUUACAAGGAACUGGAUCAAACAAAGAGCAGGCGUUUAUAGAGAGGAAAUGAGCAGAAAACCAGCUGUUUUAGCUUCACACACUCUAACACCAGACCGAAGAAUAAAUGAAAAUGCUAAAAAAAUAGAUGAUGCCUUAUUCAAUGACGACAGUCUGAUUCUAUGUGAUGAAAAGAAUUAUAUGGUCCAUGCAUUCUGCAGUUUUUCAGAUGAAUGGAUUGUGUGGGUGACAUUUCCAACUUUAAAUCCAACUAUUCGCCAAAUUAGUUUGAUGUGGAACAAGCUCAUCGAGAAAGGAAUCAUUGUACAACUUUACCCUUCUAAAACUGUUGAACAUCUGGAGUUGAUGAAAGAUUUAAAGUAACAAGCUCUCGGUGCAAUAGUUACAGCCUUGAAUACUAGUCCGGUUAAUCAGAAACUAUAACACAGCUAUACACAUUUAUUACACACUAUAACAUAUUUAUUUCAAAUCUUAGAAAGAAGAUGGCCGAUAAGAAAAUGGAAAACAAAUAUCCUUUCUCUUUAUAAUUUUAUGAUUUGAAAGAAGAUUUCAUUUCAUCAUUAAUGUAUCUUUGUUUUCAUUGAUUCCCAAAAAUGGAUGAUAUGAUGAACUUGGUACAAAAUACUGAUAACAGUUGUCGCUCUUGUUGUGAGGUUUUCUGAGUCAUGAGAGCAAUAUAAUAAAUAUAUGACAAUGAAAUAAUUGAGAAAAUGAGACAUUGCCUUAAUAUAUGCUUGAAAUUUCGCUCCAUACACGGUUCCAGGAAGGCACUUUACUACAAUACCCUAAACAUAUUCCCCCACUGUACAAAGCUAAGAUGAGCUAAUACACAUAUACUUUUUUCGUGAGAAAGGACCAGAAGUUAUUGUAAACUGGAAAAAGUACCAAUUCUGGAGAAAAGCGAACCCGCUUUGUUUUUAGAGUGUUCAUGACAACUUUUUCAAUACAUCAUUCAAGCCACCACACAGCAUUCGAAUUCAUAUAAAACAAGAAAGUAAGUUGAUCUGAAGUAAAACUUACUACACACUAAACUUACUAAAACAAACUAAUAAAAAUGUCAGGUUGAGCAUAGGAAAAAUUUGAUGAUGAUACUUUGAGUCCAAAACAAGGGAAAACAUGCGCAAAACUAGAGGCAGCAGAGAAUAGCAAAAAAAAAAUUCACCAGAUCUUUAUCAAAGAUAUUUCAACACCCCAAAUAAGUUGAGUCUGAGGGCUAUUAAAAUAUAUUGAUUACUUCAAAGCUGUGCUAACAAUCUCCAUGACACUAUGUCAAAUGAUUGUGUCCCAUAUUUUGACAGUAUAAACAAUAUUGAUCCUUAUAUAUAUUGAUUUUCAUGAUA